UGCCGCUGCGGCCGGGGGGGCGGGGCCUUCGCUUCCUCCCUGGCGGGGCCGGGGCCUGGGCCUGGGCCCGGGCCGGGACCAGCUGUCGAGCCCCGCCCGCGGGGUGUCCCCGGCCGCCUGGCUGCCCCCCGCCGCCCUCAGCAUGCAGGGCGCGCUCGCCAUCCCUGAGGAGGUCUGCAGCCUCCUGGCAGAUGUUGACACAUUUAUUUCACAAACGCUAAAAGGAGAAAAUCUAUCCAAGACAGCAAAAGAAAAAAGGGAAGUGCUUCUUGAGAAGAUAAAAGAUGUUAAGGCAAGCUACCCUCAGGAAUUCCGGGAUACAGAACUGGAACGUGAAGAAGAGUCUGAGGACUCUCUUUCUUCGCCUCCUGAUAGUGUCUCAAUAGCAUCCGAUCGGUAUGAUAAAGAGGAUGAAGCGCCUUCUGAUGGGAAUCAGUUUCCUCCUAUUGCAGCUCAGGAUCUUCAGUUUGUUCUGAAGGCUGGAUACCUGGAAAAACGCAGAAAAGAUCACAGUUUUCUUGGCUUUGAAUGGCAGAAACGUUGGUGUGCUAUCAGUAAGACGGUCUUCUAUUAUUAUGGAAGUGACAAAGACAAACAACAGAAAGGUGAAUUUGCCUUAGAGGGCUACACCAUCAGAAUGAAUAAUAGCCUUCGAAAGGAUGCAAAGAAAGAUUGCUGUUUUGAAAUCUCUGCUCCUGAUAAGCGCAUUUAUCAGUUUACAGCUGCCACUCCCAAAGAAGCAGAGGAAUGGGUACAGCAAGUCAAAUUUGUGAUUCAAGAUAUGGAAUCUAAUACUAUUCCUGAGGAGGAGGAGGAGGAGGAAUAUGAUGAUGUUGGACAAGUGAACAGUGAACCAAUAGAUGAUAGCAUUUAUGAAGAAGUUAAAGAAGAACGUGUUCCCUCAAAGGCUGAAGUGCCAAGAAGACUGAGCCAGGAGAAAGUUACCACUGUUUCAGAUAGCAAAAAUACCGAUUAUGCCAAUUUCUAUCAAGGUUUGUGGGACUGCACAGGAGAUGUACCUGAUGAGUUGACAUUUAAACGUGGUGAUGUUAUCUACAUUCUCAGCAAGGAGUACAAUAGAUUUGGCUGGUGGGUAGGAGAAAUGAAGGGAACCAUUGGCUUGGUGCCUAAAGCCUACAUAAUGGAGAUGUAUGAUAUUUGAGAGGCCUGGGAGAAAUCUGCACUGGAAAUCAAGAGUGGUGUGCAGCUGCAGUUUACAGACCCAGCCUGUGAAAGAAGAUUCUGCCAUACACAUUUUGUGGUUUCAGUGAAUGUAGUCAGAUCGUUGCCUUGUGUAUAUUUAACAUUAAAAACUGUAGUUGAUCAUAA